AUGAUAACUAGGCAUCAUACCAGCAGAAUGUAAACAAUUGAUUAUAAAUAUAAAUUUAAAAUAUGGAUGUGAAACCUUUUAAAAAGUAAAAAACAUUUUCUAAUUGUUAUUGACUUAUUCAAUUUUGUCAUAAUGAGUGGUUUAAAACAAAUUUUCAACAAGAAAAUCAACAAUGUAUUUGGAAUGAUACACGUUAAACCUUUACCAGGCACUCCUCGGUUCAAUGGAAAUGUAAAAGAAAUAAUUGAUUCCGCUUGUAAAGAGGCUGAAAUUUAUACAAAUUGUGGAAUAGAUGGUGUCAUUGUAGAAAAUAUGCACGAUAUACCUUAUGUAUUAGCCGACAAAAUAGGCCCAGAAAUAGUGUCUAUGAUGACUAGAAUUUGUACGUCAGUGCGACAAAUAGUGCCCGAAAACAUACCUUGUGGUCUACAAAUAUUGGCUGCAGCAAACAAUGAAGCAAUCGCUGUGGCUCAAGCGGCAAAAUUUCAAUUUAUAAGAGCCGAGGGCUUUGUUUUUGGCCACGUUGCCGACGAAGGAUACAUUGAUGCUUGUGCUGGAAAACUGUUAAGAUAUCGUAAAGUAAUAGGCGCUGAAAAUAUUUGUAUUUUUACAGAUAUCAAAAAAAAACAUAGUUCACACGCGAUUACCCAAGACGUAAAUCUUAUUGAAACUGCCAAAGCAGCAACAUUUUUUUUGAGCGAUGGAAUUAUUGUAACUGGAACGGCUACGGGUCACCCAGCUGAACCGCAAGAUGUCCAAGAUGUAAAACGAUCAGUUGGAGUUCCAGUUUUAGUUGGAUCUGGUGUAACUGUCAACAACGUACACGAGUACAAUGGUUCCGAUGGAUUUAUUAUUGGGUCUCAUUUUAAAAAAAAUGGAAACUGGCAAAAUGAACUCGAUGAAAUAGCAAUAAAGACAUUCAUGGAAAAAAUUUCAAAUGAUAACUAAAAUCUAUUAAAACGUAUGUUAUGGUACCGAAGCAAUUACAUUUUGUUAUUAAAGAUGUUUAAAAAAAAUAUAAUCAACUA